AGAAACUCAAAAACCUAAAGGAAUCAUGGCGGCAACGAGCGACGAACAGAUGAGUUUGCUUCUCUCCAGCUUCGAUCAGAUCUACGAGGAUUUCAAAAGCGGGAUGAAUGAGAUGAACGUGUUCAGAUCCAAGAGCAAUGUGGAAACCAGUAGAAGAGAGGCGCUUGAGAUCAGUAACAAGACUCUCAAAGAAGAGAACGAGAGGUUAAAAAAGCUGUACACAGAAUCGUUAAACAACUUUGUCGAUCAGCUUGAGCAUCGAACUAAGUGCCACGGAUUGAAAGAAGAACUGAAAAGAGUGAAUGAUGAAAACAAAAGCAAAGAGCAUGAACAUAUGAAUGCUUUGGAGUCCCUUAUGCAAAAGCAUGUAGUAAAGGUUGAAGAGCUAGAGAAUAAAAUCAGAAGCCUUUUGGUUGAGAAGGCAACAAACGAAAUGGUGAUUGAUAGGCUGCGCCAGGAUUUGGCUACUAACAAGUCGCAUAUACAAGCAAUGUCGAGGAAGCUGGAUCGAGUCUAUUCUGAAGUGGAAUCCAAGUAUGAAGUUGAGGUUCAGGAUCUAAAGGACUGUCUUCUAAUGGAACAAGAAGAGAAAAUUGAUAUUAAUAACAAACUUCAGAGUCUCCAGAAGGAAUUGGUUAUAAGUAGAACAACAGUAGCUGAAAAGCAGAGGGACACAACUUCAUAUCGACAGGUCGAGACAUUGAAGCAGAAGCUAAUGAAACUGAGAAAAGAGAAUGAGAUCCUUAAACGGAAACUAUCUUCUUCAUAGAACCACCAGAAGCAGAGCUUGGCAAAUCACUUACUGCUCGGUCCCUCAAGAACAAGACAUUGACAAAGAGAAUGUUUCAUACCAAAGACGUGCACACGGUAAAGGAAGAUAUUAGCAACUGAUGGUUUAUAGGAAUACAUUGUAUAUACAGUAGUUGUGUUUUAAUAAUGUUUUCAUAAACGUCUUUUUAUACGUCAAAAGACUGAUUCUGGCCAACUUGAAAUAUGUUUUAAACAGUUUUCGAUAUUCUGUCAAUUUUUA